AUGGGUCUCAAAGCCUCCCUUUCUCUCAUCUCUCUAGCCGUCUUACUCCUCUUCUCCACGGUCGUUACAGCCGAUAACGUCACACGGGCGUUUCAGAAAUACUCCAACUUCAGCACCAUGAGUGACCUCUUCAUCAAAACCAAGCUCACUGUACCCAUCAGCAAAUACCAGACCAUAACCAUUCUCGCUGUUAGCAACGACGCAAUCAGCUCAAUCACUAACAGAUCCGACGUUGAGCUCAAGAACAUCCUUAUGACACAUGUCCUUCUUGACUACUACGAUGAGCUCAAGCUUAACGGUCUCAAGGAGAAGAGCAUAAUGCUCACCACCUUGUACCAGACCACCGGUUUAGGGGAACAGAUGAAUGGUUUCCUCAACUGUACCAAAUCUAAAGGAAAAGUUUACUUUGGAUCCGAAGUGACUGGCUCACCUUUAAGCUCAGAGUAUGUCACUACGUUAUACCACAAUCCAUAUAACCUCUCUAUAAUCCAGAUUAGCAUGCCUAUUGUGGCUCCUGGACUCAGCCUUGCAAUCUUCCCACCUCCACCUCCACCUGCUCCUUUAGCUCCAGCUCCGGCUCCAUCUCCCAUGGAUGCUGCAAUGGCUCCUGCUCCAUCUCCCAUGGUGACAGCUCCAGCUCCUGGACCAGCUGAUAGUGACAAUGCUUCAGAUACUACUGUCCCAAAACCUACACCUGCAACAGAAACACCAGAGACUGUUUCUCCCGCUCCUGCUCCAACCGCUGAUAACGAGAAGAUAGAAGCUGCUGAUAAGGCUGGAAAGUCCCCUUCUUCUUCUUCUUCUGCUUGUCAUGAGGCUGGUUUGAGCUUUCUUGUUGUUCUCUUGCUAGCAUUUUUCACUAGCUUUGCUUGA